AAUGUAUUCUGUCAUGUAAGAAAUUGGGCAAUAAACACCUGAAUCCACAUAUGAGAAUAAUCAGCGAGGUUAUUGUAUAACAGGCUCCAGGUCCUUCACGCUACAGCCUGCAAAGCUUCCAGAUUCACUUCAUUCCAAAGAAAAUAACACCAGCUGAAGCAAAAAAUGAUUUUAAGGCCAUCUGGUCAAUACUUCUUAAACUUCUAGGAAUCACCAGUAGGUUUCGUCUUGAAGGGACUACUUAUGUAUUGAAGGAUGCUAUCCUUUAUGCUGCCUCCUUUUUUACCCAUCGUUGUUUGUAGUUAUUUAUUCACAUCAGUCACUUGUUUAAGAUAUGUAAAUUCUGAUUGCUUUGGCCUUCGUGCUUGAGUACAGGGUUUCUAAAGAAGUGAGAGAACUUCCUGGAAACUUCCAAUCUGCCACUAGCAAUGUUCCCUCAGGAAAAGCCCUUAUGUAUUUUGGUUUGUUUCUAGCAACUGGGGUUUUCUUUAUUUUCAUUGCGUUUACAAUGUUCCUUCCUGUCAUGGUUCUGAUGCCUCAAAAGUUUGCCAUCUGCUUUACGCUUGGAUGUUGCUUCAUCAUUGGAUCCUUUUUUGCUCUCAAGGGUCCGAAGAAUCAGCUUGCACAUAUGUUCUCAAAAGAGAGACUUCCUUUUACAGUGAUCUUUAUUGGUAGUAUGUUGGGCACCUUAUAUGUUUCCAUGGGCCUCCACAGCUAUAUUCUGUCAGUUUUCUUCUCUGUAUUACAGGUCAUUUUCUACUAGAGGAGGAUGAUAAGUUUCUAGAUAAGGUUUGAGCUACAGUUUAGGAAGAGGAAUGUCAAGCCCUUGCUGCAUUUGGUGCCUGUUUCCAAUAUUAAUAAUUGUUUGAAGAAGCAUUUUCGAGACCUUUAAAAUGUCGUGAUCUUUGAAUUUAUAUAAUUCUGUUUGGUUGCAGUUAAUUUUACAAGCGUGUUUUCAUUGUUGGUGGAAUCAGACUUGAAUAAUAUGGGAUUUAUGUGCUUUAAGAUAUGAAUGGGAUUUAUUGUUGCUUUAAGAUA